UUUGGACACAUUAAUACGUAUAAAAACAGCUGAUUUAGGCCAUUUUCACUGUCUUCAUUAAAACAUUUUGUAGUCUUUAUGUUUCAGUUUGUACAGUAACCGUCUCCCUUGGAGGAUUAACCCUUUCAUGCCUACAUGACCUCUGCUGUGUGGUCCUUGAUUCACCUGAAUGACCUCCCCCGCUCCUCCUCCUCCUCAGAUAAACCCGACCCCCCAGCAAAGGUCCCUGCAGCCUCAGACAUUCGGCGGUCCAGUCUGACCUUGUCAUGGUACGGACCGACCUACGACGGAGGCAGCGCCGUGCAGUCCUACAAUCUGGAGAUCUGGGAUUCUGUGGACAACACGUGGAAACACCUGGUGUCCUGCAACAGCACCUCCUACAACAUACAGAACCUUCUUCCAGAGCGUCAGUAUAAGUUUCGUAUCCGGGCAGAGAACAUCUACGGAGUCGGAGAGCCGAGCGCCGAGUCUGAACCCGUAACUGUCGGACUGGUGGACGAUGAGGAGGAGGCCGAGGCAGAGGAGGAGGACGAAGACUCAGAGAAGGAGCCCGACUACAGAGACGUGACCAUCAGGACAGACGUGAAGGUGAAGGAGCUGUACGACGUCGAGGAGCGGCUGGGAACGGGAAAGUUCGGCCAGGUGUUCAAACUGGUGGAGAAGGCGACGAAGAAGGUUUGGGCGGGAAAGUUCAUCAAGGCGUACUCGGCGAAGGAGAAGGAGAACGUCCGGCAGGAGAUCGGCAUCAUGAACAGCCUCCAUCACCCCAAACUGGUGCAGUGCAUCGACGCCUUCGAGGGCAAGUCCGACAUCGUCAUGGUGCUCGAGAUGAUCUCAGGUGGCGAGCUGUUUGAGCGGAUCAUCGAUGAGGACUUCGAGCUGACGGAGCGCGAGGUGAUCAAAUACAUGCUGCAGAUCAUCGACGGUGUCAACUUCAUCCACAAACAGGGCAUCGUCCACCUCGACCUCAAACCCGAGAACAUCAUGUGUGUCAACAAGACCGGCAGCAAGAUCAAACUCAUUGACUUCGGCCUCGCACGCCGACUAGAAAACGCAGGAACUCUUAAGGUUUUGUUUGGGACUCCAGAGUUCGUGGCUCCAGAGGUGAUCAACUACGAAGCCAUUAGUUAUCCCACCGACAUGUGGAGUAUAGGAGUCAUCUGUUACAUCCUGCUGAGCGGUCUGUCUCCCUUCAUGGGGGACAAUGAUAAUGAGACGCUGUCCAACGUCACCUCAGCCUCCUGGGACUUUGAGGACGAGGCCUUCGACGAAAUCUCAGACACCGCCAAAGACUUCAUCACCAACCUGCUGAAGAAAGACAUGAAGGCUCGGCUCACCUGUGCUCAGUGUUUUGAACACACCUGGCUGAAGCAGGACACCAACACCAUGAAGGCCAAGAAGCUCUCCAAGGAGAGGAUGAAGAAAUACAUCCUGAGGAGGAAAUGGCAGAAAACAGGUCACGCUGUUCGAGCCAUCGGCAGACUGUCGUCCAUGGCCAUGAUGGCCGGAGUCAGCGCCAAGAAGGGCUCACCAACGGAAGAGGAUAACCAGUUCCUGGAGUGUUUGGAGUACGAGCAGAAGACAGAGUGUAAGCCAACUUUCAGCUCUGUCAUCAAAGACGUGGAGGUGGUUGAAGGCAGCGCCGCUCGCUUCGACUGCAAGAUCGAAGGUUACCCUGACCCAGAGGUGGUGUGGUACAAAGACGACCAGCCGAUCAAAGAGACCAGACACUUCCAGAUCGACUAUGAUGAAGAGGGAAACUGCAGUCUGGUUAUUUCAGAGGUUUCAGGUGAUGAUGACGCCAAGUACACGGUGAAGGCGGUCAACAGUCUGGGGGAGGCGACCUGCACCGCCGAGCUGCUGGUGGAGGUGAUGGGCGGAGAGGAGGAGGAGGAGGAGGAGGAGGAGGAGGAAGAGGAGGAAUAAAGCAGUGUCGGUGUGGACUCCCACAGGAGGAGAAGGGGGAGGAGAAGGAGGUGCUCCUGCAACCUGUCAGACCUGAGCAGGAAGUACUAACCCAGAAUUAACAGCCUGUGAUUGGAGGAGCAGGUGGGCGGGGUCCGUGAUGAUGUCACACCUAACAGCACAAACAUCAGCUGUGUUUGAAGACGUUUCCGUCACAGAAAUGCUGCACUACAGAGUGUGUUUGAACUCUCAGCGGUUAGUUUCAUCCAUUAUAUAGUGCACUAUGAAAUACCCACAAUGCACAGCAAAUCUGAGUGCACUUACAAUGUACCCUACAGUUUACUCUCGUGUACCACAAUGCAAUGCGGUCGUGUAUUUCCAGCGUAGCGUUGGAAAUCUGGUUGUUAUUCCGGAUAUAGUUCACUAUUAAAUACACACAGAGAAGCGUGAGUGAACGGUUUCAAACACACCUGUAAUCUUCUAUAGUGAUGGUCAAACUAAACUCCACCCACCUGACACCUGAGAACAGAAGCCCCGCCCCUCUCAGGUGAGCCUCUGCUCAUUGGUCGGUUUCCUGUCUCAGUUUGCUUGCCGUAAAAGACGAGUAAUUGAAACAGGACACGUUGGUUUCUGUCUCGGAUCAGACUGACAUCUCGUCAUCAUUUUAACCUCAUGUGGAGUUCGGAGGCGCAUUGCAUCUUCUGACCUAAAAAAACAAAGACACCUUAUCGUAAUUAUGAGAAAAGAUUUCGUCAUUUUGAGUUCAGGAUCUCACAAUCAUCGAUAAACACAGGAUGAGACACAGUUAAUCUGUGUUUACUUCCAUCUCGCGCUGAGACAUCCAGAAAUAUGAAUCUUUCUUAAAAAUGAGGAUGGCGUAAAUAUUCGCAUGCAAACGUCUCAACGCGCGUGUAACCGCUGCAGGACGACUCAGGGAUCGUCAAUAAAUGAUGGUUUACUUGACACAUUAAUGCAGUUUUUCUCAUUGACACACUGCCGAAUGAUUUUAUACAGCAGACAAAUGAGACACGUUUCAUUGAUUUGACGAGUUGUUGGUUUUUUUGUUAUUUCAUUCAGUCGAUGCCAUGCGCCCCGUAGUAAAGCCAUGCUGUGAUCAGCUGAUUUCAAGUCUAAAAAACGUUUCAAUAAUUGGUGACGGAGAGUUAAACAGCCAGCUCGUAAACACUGAUGCAAAUUAUUAUUAUUUUUUUGAAUCUGCUAAAGAAAUCUGUUAACAUUUAAAAACCGCAGCUCCCAGGAUGUGUUGGACAGCAGCAGGAUUAUGGGAGCUGUAGUUGUUGAAUGAAACAAAAUAAUAAUAGUUUUAUCCAAAAAUGUAAAUAUUUUAUCCGACUGUGGAUUAAAACACGUGCUGUUUGAGCAGAGGCUCCUGGGAGCUGGAGUUGUUGUUUUUGGGGCGCAGGGCUUCAGCAGUCUGUUUAACCGUGAAGACAGACCUGCUCCCUGUGGGAGUCCAGGUGAGGAGGAGGAGGAGGAGGAAGGUACGAAGGAGGAGUGAUGAGGAGCUUCAUGUGCUGCGUUCCAUUGUAAGUCGGAUGUCUAUAAUUUUGUGUCGGUUUUUCUGACUUCUGAUCUAAAUGCGUUCAGGUGCAUCAGCUCGCGAAAACAUGGACGCCGGAGCGACCACAGCAGCAGAAGCCCCGCCUCCCACAGAAAAGUUUUAUUUUGGAUUUUUAGAUCUUAUGCAGAUUCACUGAUGUAGGAGGCUGACAGGAGGAGGAGGAGGAGGAGGAGGAGGAGGAGGCUGACACAAGCAUUCAUUCAAACACAUGUCAGCUGAGUGGAAACGCCAAACUUUUUUAGCAUGUUCUACGGAAGCCCUAAAAGGACACCCUUCUACACAUUUUAUUUUCUGUUUUCUCAUGAUGACGAAAUAUUUCUGGUUGUUUUUCUCGAGUUCACGACUUAUUUUUCUCGUUUUGUGGAGAUAACGACAUCAUUUUCUGGUGAUAAAACAACAUCAGGCUGGUGAUCAUAAAUAAUAUCCUCAGAGCUGCAAAAGCACAAAACACGUAAAAAUGGACUCAACUUACCUCAUUAGUGUCGGAGACGGGGGCAUCCUCCUCUUGGUGAGUGAUCAGCUGAUGUUUUUGUAUGUUUGUUUAUAGAAAGAUGUCCUUUUAGGGCUUCCGUACGUUUCACAACACAAACACAACAUAUGAGUUAAAAUGGACGAAUAAGUAACUGCUCUCCAUUCACCGAGUGCCGCCAUGUUCCUGUGACGCCCGUUCCACCGACUCGGCCUACAUGGAUCGUGCCCAAAUUUCCGACUUGGAAUUCCGACUUGAACGGCCGUUCCAUCAUACUUUUCCAGGGGUCGUUUUUUUCCGAGUGCAAUGGAACGCAGCAACAUUCACAGUUACAGUGAAGCCAGAGCCUUAAAGUGACGCAGCGCUGUGGAUCUUCAGCUUCAGAUGAUGACGAUGGUGAUGAUGAUGGUGAUAAAUUAUAUAACAAUAACCCAGUGUAGUGUAUAAUGGAGCUACUCUGUCUGCGGCUGAGAAAAGCUGGAUGUGUCUGUUUGUUUCUUCUGUUUGAGCACUUUUUUCUCCUCGUUUUCGUAUUUCUGACUUCGUCAUCAGAUGACAUCACCGCCAUCUUUUCGCCACUCGCCUUAAAGCAACCGAGACCAAGACCAAGACCACAAAACAUUACACAAAAAAGUCAUUUAGACUUUUUGGCUGCCUUAAAAAGAUGUUUGUGAGCAUGUGAGGACGAUCUCCCUAAUUUUGUUAAAACACCCCCAAAAUUCCCUCAGUAUUGAAAAAGCUCACAGAGUUUUAAAGCUAUGGACACUCCACGCCUGAGCUCUGACACGCCUGAGCUCUGACACGCCUGAGCUCUGACACGCCUGAGAUUUAUAAAAAUCAAAGCACGUGUUUUGAACGUAUGUAUUUCUUUCAUUUUAUGAUCACAGGAAGUCAUAAUUCUGAGUUCACAUAUUUUUAUUUCCUUUUAGCUGAAUUUGAUACACAAAUCAAACAAUUUCUGUUUUUUAUUUUAAAGAAGAAAAAACUCUCAGAGUCACAAGACGUCGUGUUUGAUCAUAAAAAGGUUUAAAUAUAUUUCCCGCUGAGCUUUCAGGAGGCGAUCAGAAAUGUUGCGGGAACUUUAUUGACCAGCAGCCUGAGGCGACCUUUGACCCCUCUGUGCAUGUGUGUGGUUGUGAUUUUAAGGCGUCUUUGGCGAGUCGUUUAUGUUCACGCUGAUGUCGAAGUCUUUAACUUUUUUUUUUGGUCACAUUCCAGCUGUUUGUGCUUUAUAACAUUUAUAUUUAAAGUUUUUGGUUUUUUUUCGAGCAGAACCCAAAGAAGCUUCUUUCGGAGCUCACCGGCGUGUGUUUGCGUGUGAUCCAUCGUACCCGGGCCUGACGUGUGUUUGGUGGUUGUUUGUUUUUCAGAAUGUUUUAUUUUUAGACUUAUUUAAUGCACAGAUUCAUAAUUCUAAUAUUAUCAUUUGAGCAUCCGUCUUCUUGGAGAUCUCCUUCACUUAAUUUCUCACCGAUCUUACAACUAAACCGAGCCGUGGACGCACUCCUAGACUGGUUUGUUUUUGUAUUAGAUGUAUGUAGAUUAUAAUUUUUAUAAAUAUAUAUCAGUUUGAUGAACUGCAAAUGUCAUGUAUGAGAACACUACGACUGUAGUUACUCACAGAAACCAAAUAAAUUUAUCACAAAACCA